UCCAUCCAUACGUCUGAGAGAAAGCGAGAGACUCCAGCCUCCGAGUCUAUAAUCGCAGCAGGAGAGUUGUGGAUUGAAGUUGCAAUGGGUGGUCAUGGAGGUCUCAACAUCCUUCCCCAGAAGAGCUGGAAUGUAUACAGCUACGAGAACACAGAGAGAGUCCGUCGAGAUGAAGAAGCUGCAGCCAGAAACGAACAGAUGAAGCGUGAACAGUCUCGAAAGCGUGACACAGAGUUCCGUCUGGAGAGACUCAGGCUUUCCCGGGGUUUGGCUUCUCCAAGCCAAGCUGUGGAGUCCAGUGCAUCAGAUUCAAAGAGCAGCCAUAUCAAUCUGUUCGAAGGUCUUAGGGUUUUCGACUCCGUGGAGGGUGAAGGAGUUGGGCAAAAGAGGAAGAAGGCGAAGAAGGAAGAGGCAGGGACGAAGGUCGUGUUCCCGGAGAAUGAUAAGUACAGGUUGGGUUAUGGGGUAGCCGGCAGAGGCAUGAAAUUGCCUUGGUAUCUUUCCAGGCCGGGUAAUGAUCGGUUUGCUGAAAAUGGAAACGAUGGGACAGCAAGACUGGGGAAGAAGCAUAGUAAAAGUAGUGGAAAGAAGACAUUGGAAGAGUUGAGGAAAGAGCGGUUGAAGAGAGAGAAGCGGGAAAGGGAAAGGGAAAAGCAGCUAGCUUUGAUAAUAGAUCAGAAAAACCAAAGAGCUGAGGGCUUUUCGGGGAACAUCUUUCCCAUUUUUGUGAAGAGCCAUUCGUGAUGCAUACAAGGACUGUAGCCUGAGGAUGGGGUUUCAACCAAGUCUUAAGUUGAUGAUUCGAUAACUAGCAAUGGUUACUGCCUUUCCGGCCCAGUGGUGCCAGCAAUUCUUUGUAUUCUGUUGUGCCACUCGUUUGUAUAUAUGUGUGAUGAUUAUAUAGUUAAUGUGUCGGUCUCAAAUCAUUUGUAGAAUGCUUGUUAGCACUAGAAGUUGGGUAGAAGAUUAAGAUCUAAUUCUAAAUGAAUGAUGAUGAUCUUAGAAAUUCAA